GUUAAAGUCAGAGCUGCAGUUUAGACAUGUCUCUGAGUUUCUCUGUAAGAAAUCUAACCUGAGUUCAUCUGGACUUUCACAGACACUGACUCUAAUACUGUGUGUGAAGAUGUCUGCUGCCAGCAAUCUGCGCUCUGAAGAUCAGUUUCUGUGCUCCAUCUGUCUGGAAGUGUUCACUGAUCCAGUCUCCACACCAUGUGGACACAACUUCUGCAACAAGUGCAUCACUCAGCACUGGAACACCAAGGUCAUCUGUGACUGUCCCCUGUGUAACAAACAGUUCAGAAGAAGACCUGAACUCAACGUCAACACUUUGCUCUCUGAGAUGGUUUCUCAUUUCAGACAUGAAGCUGAACUCAAAGCCAGCAGCAGCUCAGAGCAACAAGCUACCAAACCAGGAGAAGUUCCCUGUGACGUCUGCACUGGAACCAAAGUGAAGGCCCUCAAGUCCUGCCUGGAGUGCCUGGUCUCCUACUGUCAGACUCAUCUGGAGCCUCAUCUGACAGUGUCAGUCCUGAAGAAACAUCAGCUGAUGGAGCCUGUGGAGAACCUGGAAAGCAGGAUGUGUCUGAAGCACCAUAAACCUCUGGAGCUGUUCUGUCAGAGAGAGCAGACAUGUGUCUGCAUGAUGUGCACUGUUUUAGAGCACAGGAAUCAUGAGUUUGUUCCUCUGAGUGAAGAAGCUGAAGGAAAGAAGAAGGAACUGAGGAAGACAGAGGCUGAGAUGCAGCAGAUGAUCCAGGAGAGACGAGUGAAGAUCAAGCAGAUCAGAAAGUGUGUGAAGAGGAGUAAAGCUGCUGCAGACAGAGAGAAAGCAGAAGGUGUUGAGGUGUUCACUGCUCUGAAGGAGUGUGUUGAGAGAGGCCUGAAGCAGCUGAUGGAGAGGAUGGAGGAGGAAGAGGAAGCCAGAAAGAAACAGGCUGAAGGUCUCAUCAGAGAUCUGGAAGAGGAGAUCUGUGAGCUGAUGAAGAGGAGCUCAGAGGUGGAGCAGCUCUUCCUCUCUGAAGACCACCUCCACCUCCUCCAAGGCUUCUCCUCCCUGAAAGCUGCUCCACCCACCAAGGACUGGACACAGGUCAGCGUCCGUCCAUCAUCAUAUGAGGGGACUGUGGUGAGAGCUGUGGCUCAGCUGGGGGAGACUCUCAGCAAAGAGAUGGAGAAGAAACUGUUUGAGGCUGAUCUGAUGAAGAAGAAGCAGUGUGCAGUGGAUGUGACUCUUGAUCCUGAUACAGCUCAUCCUGAUCUCAUCCUGUCUGAUGAUGGAAAACAAGUGAGUCACGGUGAUGUGAAGAAGAAGCUCCCAGACAACCCAGAGAGAUUUGAUUAUUGUGGGUGUGUUUUAGGAAAACAGAGUUUCUCUUCAGGUAAAUUUUACUUUGAGGUUCAGGUUAAAGGAAAGACUAAAUGGACUUUAGGAGUGAGCAAAGAGUCCAUCAACAGGAAGGGAAUGUUCACAGCAAGCCCUGAUCAAGGUUUCUGGACAAUAUGGCUGAGAAAUGGAAAUCAGUACUCAGCCUGUGAGAACGAUCUCCUUGAUCUGUCUCUGAGUUCUGUUCCUGAGAAGGUGGGGGUGUUUGUGGAUUAUAAGGAGGGUCUGGUCUCUUUUUAUGAUGUAGCUGCUGCAGCUCUGAUCUACUCCUUCACUGGCUGCUGCUUCACUGACAAACUCCUCCCAUUCUUCAGUCCCUGUCUUAAUGAUGGUGGUAAAAACUCUGCUCCUCUGAUCAUCUGUCCUGUCAAUCAAACUGUCUGAUGAGGAAGAUUCACCAACAAUUGAUGAGAUUGUUGGAAAGUAAAAGAUUGACUCUGAUUGAUUGGAUCAAAUCCAGAUGUUCAGUCUGCACUAAACUCACAUUCUUCUCUUCAGUCUUUGAUUAUUGGACCAUUUUUUGAAUGAAUCCAGACCAAUCAGUCAUGAUGUCCACUUUCCUAAUAUGAAGUGCUGAAGCUGCCCUGACCCACUGAGACAUGGAUUCCUCUACACCUCUGAAGACCUGCUGGUUUACCUGGCGCCAGGAUGGAGCAGCAGGUUCUUUGACUCCUUUGACUUGUGAGCUGUUAGCUUCUUGGAUCAGACUUGUUUGUCCACGGACUGAGAUGUGGGGAAUUCAGAGGCCAAGUCAACUUUUCAAAGUGGUUGUUGUGUUCCUCAAAUCAUUCCUGAAGCCUUUUAGCUCUGUGGCAGGGUGAGAAAUGAAAAGGAAGAAGGAAGGAGAAUAAGAAGGACUGAAUACAAUCCACGUGACAAACACCAUCCAUCCAUCUUCUCCACCUCUUUCUGCAGCAGAAGUUCAGGGGCUGUUGUAGGAACUAGCAGCUUGAUCAUUUGUCUCACUGUGGACUGGUAAAUGUCUCAAAUCUCUCAGAUGACUUUGUGUCUUCUUCCAGCUUCAUGCAGCUCAACAAUUCUUCACAGAUCUUCUUCUUAUGAUGCUUCCUUCACAUCAGCAGAUGUUUCUUGUGUUUGGUGUUUUUCUUGGUCACAGUUGUUUUUCAGUUUGGAUCAAUCUUUCAUCUGAACUCAAAG